AUGUGUUACCUGGUUCUAUUCAUUCUCCUCUGCUCCGGAACUCUCCUGUCUAUUACGCUCAUAGACUACUACCAACACCAAAGAGAUGGGUUCCUGCACUCUGUUCAGAAGAGGUUGCAGUGUCGGAGACUGAGAGAGAGACUGGUGACCAUGACUACUAUAAAAAAAGUGGACAUUGCCCUGUUCUCUCAGGAGGUGAGAGAGCUGAUGGACUGUCCUUGGAGACUCAACCUCACACACAAAGAACUAUACAGGACAGAGUUGUGGUCGUGCUGUAAUGCGUCUGAUAGGCUGAUGGUGACCAGACAGAACACCAAUCUGAACCAGAGUCUGUCCUACGAGAUACACAGGUGGAAGAAGAGAAAGGUGGACCAAGCACUAUGGGAGAUGCUGCCUCAGACCGUACCCUGGAGUAAAGGUUCGUUGAGUCGUUGUGCCGUGGUGGGAAGUGGAGGAAUCCUGCAGAACAGCAGCUGUGGAGCGGAAAUAGACAAUGCUGAUUAUGUCAUCAGGUUUAACCUGGCUCCUAUCAACAAGAGUUGCGACGUGGGAGUGAAAACAGACCUCAUAACAGCCAACCCUAGCCAGAUCAUUAAAGGGUACACUGACCUCCAGCGGAACCCUGGACACCUGGCAGAAGUCCUGUCAUUCUAUGGUCACGCCCAUCUGCUUCUCCCCGCCUUCUCGUCUGCCUCUGGGACCGCCCCCUGCUUCAAGGUGUACCACGCCCUCCGUAAGGCCCGCCCCCAACAAGAAGUGGUGUUCUUCCACCCAGACUACCUGUUUGAGCUGGGCAGGUUCUGGCGUCAUCGCGGGCAGCGAGCCCGACGGCUCUCUACUGGUCUGAUGCUGGCCAGCACUGCUUUGGAGAUCUGUGAACAGGUUCAUCUGUACGGCUUCUGGCCCUUCCCUCUGGAUCCAUCCCACAAUCCUUUGCCACAUCAUUACUAUGACAACGUGGGUCCGAACCGCAGAAUGCACGCAAUGCCUGAAGAGUUCCUGCUGUUACUACAACUCCACAGCCAGGGGGCGCUACAGCUACAUGUUGGACCCUGUACACUGACCCCAACACCCUAA